AUGCCGCUCUUUGGGAAAAUUGUUGUAAUUAAACGGAAUGGGACUGAUGGAAUUAGUUUUCCACUCACUGCAAGUUCUUGUUUAUUUGGAAGGACAAGAGAAUGUGAUAUUCGCAUCCAGUUGCCUCAGGUCUCAAAAGAACAUUGUAAAAUUGAAGUAAAUGAAAACAAGGAGGCAAUAUUGACUAAUUUAAGUACAGUAAAUCCUACGCAGCUGAAUGGUGAUUGUUUCCAGCAGCCUGCACCUCUGAAGCAUGGAGAUGUGUUAACUAUUAUUGAUCGUUCUUUCAGAUUUGAAUAUCCUCUCCAAUCAACUCCAGCAAAGAGGCGUUCUAGAUCUCAGAAAGAUGAAACGCUGCAGGUUCUUCAUGUUCAGCAGCAGGUGGCAGAAGUGGAAUUAUUACGCAAACAAACUUCAGGAUUUAAAAGUCCUCAUGCUUCAGAUAAUGCUGAGUGUGAAGAAAAACAUGCCAAUGAAAAUAAACAAAAUACAGAAGGAAAUGUUUCCAAAGCUUUACCUGUCAGACUACAAACACCCAAAUCUUCACACAGAAUAUAUCAAUCCAGUAAAAAGGAAAAUGAAAUGUCUCCCUUUAGUAAACUCUAUGAAAAAAUGAAAGAAGAGAUUAAAGCGAAAAAACCUCUGCCUGAAGGAAAUGCAUCUCAAAAAGUUGCAAAAGAAAAUGCUAAGAGUGUUCUGCCAGAACCAAGUGCUCGACUUUCAUCAAGAAGUGCUACCAAAAGGCGUUUUACCAGAAGUCCUCGAGCUUCUGUUUCCCAGGAGAUGUCAAGAGAUCCUGGUAAAAGCAGUCACUUACAGGAUCAUACGGAACCAAGUACAGCAGGCAAAUCUAAAGGUACUGAAGUUACACCCAAACCCAGUAAGGAGAAGGAUGGAAAUGAAGCAUUUUCACUGGAGCCGUGCACUGUAGAAUGCUUGGGUUCUGCAAACAAAAAGAGAAUAUACAGCUCAAUAGGAGCAGAUAAACUAGUGCAAAAACCUAACUCAACAAAUGUUUCUGAAGUAGAUAAAUAUAUUCUGUCGAUACCAACAGCCAGAAGGAAGAGUCCUCGGUCUCAUUUCGUAUCGCCUACCAAAGAAACUAGUGGAGUGAAUCCUGUAAAUACUGAUACUCCAAGUCGACCACGUGUGUCCUUGAAACGUAGGUCUCUCUCAGCAAUUUCAGCUGAAACUCAAGGGGAAGAUUCAGUUUGCAGAAAUGAUAGCCUCAAACAACUGCCUUUGGCUGAAAAUAAAUGCUUAAAACAAAGACGAAAUAGUAAACAACGUACGCCAGAAAAACCCAUAAAAGAAGUAGUGCUGGAAGAAAUCUGCGAUCAGGCAAACUUUGUUAGCUCAAAAGAGGGACAUUCUGAACCUCCUGCCUCUUCUUCUAAUUCCAAGAGUCCCAGAAGAAAUAGCAGGCAAAGCAAAGAAUUCUCAAACAGAAGCCUCCGUUCAGAGGCACUGACUGCAGGAGAGUUAUCAUCAGAACUGACAUCUCCUGCUAGGCAGAAAUCUGGCUCUGGAAGGAAGAGGGGUACGCCAAGGACCUGUGUACUGCUAACUGAAAACACGGUGGAGACAAACGCUGUUCAAGAACAUCACGAUACAACUGCAGACGGAAGAGACAGUGGAGCUAGAGAAGAGCUGGCCACAAAGGGGUAUCAUCAGAAACAAGAUUUGGAAGAUGCCAGUGUUAUAAAACCUCGUAGAUUGUUGUCAAAGAGGUCUUCUGGAAAUGCUACUGUACUGGAAGACAAGGAGGCUGUCUCAGAAAUUGAUAUUUCUGGCCUGUUGGCUGGAGAAGAAUCAGGCAAGACAAGAAGGAUAUCUCAGAAGAGGAAAAGUGGUGACUCAUUACUUCAGCCUGUAGGAAAAAGGAAGAGAGUGUCUUUUGGUGGUCAUCUGAGUCCAGAACUUUUUGAUAAAAGUUUGCCUCCCAACUCGCCCCUGAAAAGAGGUGCGAUUCCUGUGAGACAGAGCGCACUGUUUGGAAACUCCCCACGUGCGGUUCUGAAGAAGGCUCAGGGACCGAAGCACUUUGCAGUCCAGGACCUUUCUGAACAUUUGCAGAAAGAAAAAAUGUCACCAAAAAAUUUGCCAACCCAGAAGUCCCCAGCUGCCUCAUCCCCUGCCUCUGUUUCUCACAUCACGACACCAUCGCCAGUUGCAGAAGAGCAGGAUGCUCUUGCAGAAGACAUGAAUAAAAAAGAGAAAAGUCGUGUUCGAGUGCGAACACCUAAAUCUUCUCCCGUUAACCAAGAUGAUAAAACCUUAACGGCCACACCGGACAAAUUAACAAGAAGUGCACAACUUGCUUUGAAGGCCACUCCCAUAAAGUGGAGAAGCGGAGCUGUAGCAGUUAUCAAUGCAAAAAGAAGAAGUGGUGCCUCCAGUGCCAAUUUGCUAGGAAUGACUGCAAUGUUUCAAACUCCAGAAAAUAAGAGUGGAAAAAUGUUGCCUUUGGCCACUGUUGAGAAGACUGAUUCUACACCAACAUAUGCUGCAGCGGAAAUUUCUGACUUGCACACUCCGGAAGAAUCUGGAGAGAUGUUUGUGUCACCUUUAAAUAGUUCAGAUGCUUCAGAACAGAAACAGGAUAGUCCAGGAAUUUGUCACUUUCUGAGAGAGGAGUCUCUGAAGUCUGUGUUUGAUGCAAUAUCCACAAAAACUCCUGAAAAAAUAAAAGAAGCUAUGCUGGAAGAAAAUAUUAGUGUGGAUAAUUUGUCAACAAUUCCAGAAAAACAAGGAUCUCUGGUGAAAUCAGGACGUAAAAGGAGGACUACAAAGCAGACGUUGGAGCCAGUGGAGGUUGUGUCAGGCAACAAGCAACUUUUAAGGACCCCAAAGCAAAGGUCAGAACCAGUAGAGGCCUUGGUGGGCAUCAAGGAGCUCAUGAAGACCCCAAAGCAGAAGUCUGAGCCUGUAGAGGCCUUGUCAGGAAUUAAGUAUCUCCUGAGGACACCAAAGCAGAAGUCGGAGUCUAUAGAGGCCUUGUCAAGCAUUAAGCAUCUCCUGAGGACACCAAAGCAAAA